AUGAGCGCGCCGCGAGUCGUUAGCCUGGGUCUGUGGGCCUUCUUGUUGUGCUGCCUCCUGUGCGGCAGCGCACCAGCACAGAGCGCCAGCCCAGCCGCCUGGAAGUCCCGCACCAUUUACCAGCUCUUGACCGACAGGUUUGCACAAACGAGCGACGGCAGCUAUGCCCCGUGCAACAACCUGUCCAACUACUGCGGCGGCUCCUUUCAGGGGAUCAUCAACCACCUGGACUACAUUAUCGGGAUGGGCUUUGAUGCCAUCUGGAUCUCGCCCAUCGUCACCAACACGCCGGGCGGGUACCACGGCUACUGGUCGCAGGACCUCUUCGGCAUCAACCCGCACUUUGGCACCGCCGACGACCUUCGCCAACUCAUCAGCGCGUGCCACGCGCGAGGCGUCUGGGUGAUGCUGGACGUCGUGGCGAAUCACAUGGGAGGCAACGUCCCAAUGUCCCAGCUCAGCCCGUUCAACCAGUCCGAGCACUACCAUCGAUGCGUCGCCUGCCCCAGCAACUGCCAGAUCAACGACUACACCCCCGAGGUGCAGCUGUGCAAGCUGGCCGGCCUGCCCGACCUCAACCAGACGAACCCGUACGUGAAGAGCCAGCUGAUCAACUGGAUUCGCACGCUGAUGGACUACGGCUUCGACGGCCUCCGCAUCGACACCGUCCCCGAGAUCGAGCCCGGCUUCUGGGUCGACUUUGUCUCCGCCGCCAACACCUACGCCGUGGGUGAGGUGUUCUCGGACCUGAGCUGUUGCGCGACCUACCAGAAGCAGGCCCUGCCGGGGGUGCUCUCGUACCCGCUCUUCUGGACCCUUCGCUCCGUCUUCCAGCAAAAACAGUCCAUGAACCAGCUCCAGAGUACGUUCUUCAGCUACCAGAGUCAGUUUGCUGACAUGGACCUGCUGGGCACCUUCAUCGACAACCACGACAACGCCCGCUUCCUCAGUGGCACGAGCGACUACAAGCUCUACCAGAACGCCAUCACCUACACCCUAAUGGCGCAAGGCAUCCCCAUCAUCUACUACGGCACCGAGCAAGGAUACGACGGCACGAACGACCCCAACAACCGUGAGUCGCUCUGGCAGACGCGCUUCUCCACUCAGAACCCGCUCUACCAGCUCAUUCGCACCAUCGUCAGCUAUCGCAAGCAGGCGCAGGUCUGGCAGUACCCCCAGGUCCAGCGAUACAGCGACGACACCUUCUACGCGUUCACGCGAGGCACCACGUUCGUCGCCCUCACCAACGCCGGCAGCAAUUCGGGCACCCUGAUGCGCACCAUCACCUACCACCCCUACAAGGAAGGCACCAAGCUCUGCGAGAUCUUCUAUCCGACCGACUGCGUGGUGGUGCAGAACGGGUCCUUCCCCGUGUACCUCGACAACGGCGAGUCGAAGAUCUUCUAUCCCGUCAACUAG